GGGCGAGUCUCGGGCGGCCGCUGAGCAUUCUGGGUGUAUCUUCCUCCCGGGGGCUGUGCCUACUCGGCUGCUCAAGCUCUGCGGGCAGGGAGCAAAGAUUGGAUUAAGUAACUACAUCCGGGUUGCGGGGUAAACGAAGUCAUGGAGAAUUUGAUCCAGGAGCGAGGCAAGCGUUACCUCGCAUCUGGGAUGAGCAACAGCCUGUGUCGAGAGGAUCAGAGAGGAGGAAACGCCGCACUGUGAGGGACUGGUCAGGAUAUGCAGGGCUUUGUGCCAUGGCAGAGACUGGGGAAGAGGUGUCAGCGGAGGCCUCAGGGUUCUCAGACAUGAGUGACUCAGAGUUUCUAGAGUAUCUGGAUCUGGAAGAUACUCAAGAGUCAAGUGCUUCACUUAGCAAGCCUGGCCUUUCUUCUGAACUCCCUGGGAAGGAUGGCAAGCUCGUAAGCUUACCAACAUGGAAAAGAAGAUUGGAUGUCUCAUCACCUAUGGAGCGUUUCCACCUUAAAUAUUUGUAUGUCAGUGACCUGUCUACUCAGGACUGGUGUGAACAGCAAAUGGUAUAUGAGAAGGAGCUUCCUGGUUUCUUGGCUCCUGAGAAGGCAGCUGUUUUGGACACUGGUGCCAGCAUCCACCUAGCUAGAGAACUGGAAGUUCAUGAUCUUGUGACUCUCCCCAUCACUAAUAAAGAAGAUGCUUGGGCAGUUAAAUUUCUGAAUAUAUUAUCAAUGAUUCCUGUCUUGCAGUCAGAGGGAUGUGUCAGAGAGUUUCCAGUGUUUGGAGAAGUGGCGGGUGUGCUGCUCGUUGGAGUAAUUGAUGAUCUGCGCUAUACAGCCAAGGGGGAACUGGAACUGGCUGAACUGAAGACACGCAGGCGCCCUAUGCUCCCUCUGGAAGCCCAGAAAAAAAAAGACUGUUUUCAAGUCAGCCUGUACAAAUAUAUCUUUGAUGCCAUGGUUCAAGGGAAAGUGACCAGCGCUAGCCUAAUCCACCAUAUAAAAUUAUGUCCAGACAAGCCACUGGGACCGUCAGUGCUGAAGCACGCCCAGCAGGGAGGCUUCUCUGUGAAGUCCCUGGGCGACCUCAUGGAGUUAGUCUUCUUGUCUCUAACCCUGUCUGACCUCCCAGUUAUUGAUAUCCUGAAGAUUGAAUAUAUCCACCAAGAGACUGCCACUGUGCUGGGUACAGAGAUGGUGGCCUUUGAAGAGAACGAGGUGAAAAGCAAAGUGCAGCACUAUAUGGCCUACUGGAUGGGCCACCGAGAGCCUCAAGGGGUUGAUGUGGAGGAGGCUUGGAAAUGCCGGACAUGCAGCUAUGCAGAUAUCUGUGAGUGGAGGAAGGGCGGUGGGAUGCCCAGCUCCAUUCUAGAGCCCCAGGCCAAAAAAGUGAAAUGAACAGAAGGGUAUACCUUCUUCGGGAACUUUAAUCCUUCCUGCUCCUAAUGUACUCAGCAGAAUGAAAGAGGACCAGUCUUUGAGCUUGGCUUUCAUGGAGUAUGUUCUUACUUUGGUUCUUUCCAUAUUUCCUCAAAAUUCUAACCACUCAAAUCAUUCAGGGGUGAGUGGGAGGAAUCUGGGAUUAUAUGCUCUCUGGAACUGUGCUGCGAAUCGCCAAGAAGACACUUGCUCAGUGUGGCUGGAGCAAAAGGUAUCUUUCAGCAAUCAUUGCUUUCUUAAGAAGAUUCUAAAGUUUCUAUUAAGUCUCUUCUCCCUUUUUUCUAGGUCAAGGUUUUCUACAUUUUAUAUAAUAAAAUAAAAUGAAAUGCUGUCCAGGUCA